CCCAAGUGGCUCCAGGAGGCGCCGAGAAGCCCACAAGAAGCGCCCGGAAGGCUCAAGACACACGCGGCGUAGGGUCGGGGAAAACAUCUUUCAUUCCCAGCUCCUUCUCUUACAUCCGCAGAAGCCUGUCCACAACUCAUCCCACUGAGAUGCCGCAGGUGCCAGUACAUGAUGAAGACUACCCUGACCUCUCACCAGAGCCUCCACCGCCUGACGACUCCCAAGCUCUGGGUGCACGGAGGCAAUGCAAUUGAACUAUCCAGACCAGCCUCACGAGGGAGUUCUCUCCCGAGCCUCCCGGCGUGAAGGAGGCACCUUCUUCGCCGCUGGCCUCCCCUUUGUCACCGAAGAGGAAAAGCUACACGAAGCACUGGAUUGCCACCGGCAGCUUCCACUCCCGCCAGCAGGUCUCCAGCGAGGAUAUCCGCAAGAUCUGGUGGAUCAGCGUCCGCGCGAUGCAGGCCCGCGCCGAGCUCAAGAGGAGGCAGCUGGAGCUGUCCAAGAGGAUGCUGAAAGAGCGGCGGAGCGGGUUUGCGAGCGCGUUCUUUUCGACGUACGCCACCAGCUAUCAGUGGGCGCUCUUCGUCGUUGUUCAUCUCGUUAUCACCUUCCUGAUUUGGUCCCAUUUCUUCCUGAAGAAGUUCAGGGAGCAAGAGGGACUCCCCGAGCUAAUCCCCGCGAAGGACGCCCUCUCCCCGGAGGAUGCUGGCAUGCCAAUGCCCAACUACUGGAAGAAGCGUCUGAUUCCGCCGCUGUUGUUUGGCCUCAAGCACGCCAUCCUUUGGCAGAUGGUGUGGCUGCCUGUAACGAUGAGCCGCCACCUUCUUGCCUUAGCUGCUCGAACGAGGAUUCGAAACUUCGUCCCUCUGGAGCACAUGACGUUCUUCCACAUUGCCCUGGGAUACAUCACGUGCUUCUUCAUCAUCGUUGCCACCAUCGUGUUCUUCGUCUUCUUCGGGCACGGCUGCCGACAGCACCUCGGGCAAUUCGGCCACCCUCUCGAGCCCGUCGAUUUCUGCGAGAAGAUGUGGAGCGAGAUCAUGAUCACAGGACUAGGCAUCUUCGUCCUCGUGGUGAUCGUGAUGGUAAGCUCCUUCCUGCGGCGCCACAUGCCGUUCGAGUGGUUCUACGUGCUGCACCAUUUCGUGUUCGUCUUGUUCGGCCUAGCCGUUGCGCACACCCUGGACGACCAGUUUCGGGACGGCACUCGCGUCGGCAAGAAUCGGUCGCAGGACUACCGAUUCAUCGCCACGACACUCAGCUUAUAUUUCUUGGACAGGGCUUGGAGCUUCCUCACCGUGCGGCGCGACGUGCCCGUGCAGGAGGCCGUGGCCACUUCCACGAAGAGCAUGCUCACGCUGGUGUGCAAGAAGCCGGUCGACUUCCAGUUCGCUCCUGGCCAGUACGCGUACAUUCAGAUACCUUCUUUGGACAUUACUUUCCACCCGUUCUCCAUCGGCUCUGCGCCAGAAGAAGCUGUGCUCAGGUUCUACAUCGUGGUGUACAAGGGCCAGUGGACCGAGAAGCUGGCCGACGCUAUCGAAAAGAAGACGGUCAGCGGAGUGAACAUCAUGGGUCCGUUUGGUCCAGGGUUCGAAUCAAGUAACUUCGUGAGCGUCUUCGCAGUGGGCACGGGGACGGGCAUCGUGCCCAUGAUGUCGUUGAUGAGGGAGCGCUAUCUCAGGCUGACCCUCAUGAACAAGGAGCUGCUGCAAGGGAUUCAAGAAGACCCCGAGAAAGUGGUUCGGCUGGAGGACAUUGCGCUCCACAAGGCCGUGGACCACACGAGGCUCAUCCUGCUGCAGUACCAGUGGAGGCUGCGCUGCAUGCGGGUGAGGGGCACGCAGGCUUCGAUGAUCAUGUCUAGGGCCACGAGUCGUACGUACUACCACUACAUGUUCGACAUCAUCGCGCACGUCGUCCUGCUCCUGGACAUGUGUCAGGGCUUCUGGACGUUCUCUUGGAAGUACCUGAACGAAAUGGAGUUCAAUGCCAAGUUCCCAAAGGUCGAUGCAGGCCAAUGGAAGGCAUUGGAGGUCAUGAGCUACGUCUGCAUCUCGUUCUUCUUGGUGCACCGGGUUUACUUCUGGGCGAAUCCUCGCAUCUUCGGGCGGUCCUUCGUGGACGUGCUGGAUGGGGUGGCAGUGGCGUUUAUGUGCGGCACCCACUUCGCAUGGGCGGGCGAGGUUCCGUCCUCUUACAUCGCCCCCUCUCACAUGGCCGUGUUCUUGCGCGGCUCGUUCGCGCUAUGGCGCAUCGCGCGCAUAUACGCCGCGAGUCAGGUCCUGCGCAUGGGCGACGCCAGCGUUAAGUUGGGGGUCCAGCACGACCUCGUCAAGAACGGGAAUUUCCGCGUGCUCUGGAUCGUGCGGGGGGGAGACGGCUUCGCGGCCAAUUGCUUGGAGCUCGAGGACAUGAUGAUGGACUUGCUCAAGAAGUUCAGCCGUUGGCAGCUGGAUCUCCUCUUCGGCCUCGACAUCUACCUCACGGGCGUGACCCCCGCCGAGGAGCGGAGGCUUCGGAGGCUCAUCGAGGGAUCGGCUAUCGAGAGCUGCACGCGCUUCGAGCGCCCCGACGUUGUCGAGUGGGUGGUCCAGAGGAUGUCGGACGUGCUCAGGGACACUCUGCACGGCAGGUGCGCCACCACGGGCGGCUCCAUGAUCGCCUUCUGUGGGAGUCCUGUGGUGGGCUUGCAGGUACGCCGAGGAGUGCAGGAGGCGAACAUGCUCGCCAGCGUGCUGCAGAUGGCUGGCUGCCGCAUGACGUUCCAGGAGGAGUACUACGGCGUUGUGGGAGGCAAGCCGAAGGCGGUGGUGCGAAGGAGGUCUCUCUGUAGCCAGCGCUGCAGCGCCUGAGGGUCGGACAAGAGAACCAUCGACCACAGAAACAGAGUCAGUGAGACUCGUAGCGAACGCGAGAGACUUCAUCGACUUCUUGGUGGCGUCUUCACAAUUUUUAAUUUUUGAAUUCACGAAUUUCUCCAUGACGCCAGCGCCUGUUCCCAGGAGUGUGACAUUUUCGUGGCUCCAGCCGGCCACCAACACCCGCUUCUUCGUGCUCAUGGUUGUCGGGAAUGCCGGCUUCUGAUAGCAGCAUGUUCAUGUUCGUGCGCAGAUUACCCCUGCGCGUACAGCAUCCUCGGGUUCACGGCAACCUACUACGACUCCUUCCGCGGUCCGCGCCGCGUGGGACACGUCCGCGUGCCGGGGUCUCGUGUGUGCACCAGCUGUGAACCUGCCAGGUCCUGGCCAGGCCGACCCCGGGCCCUGGACCGGUGCACGUGUCGCACUGCACUGGGUUUCGGAAAGCAUCCUUGAACUUUUCGCUUGGUGCAUCUGCACGUGCACAAGCGAAGAGGCAUUGGGCGGAGAAGUACGAGGAUCCUUUUUCGGCAAGGCUGCCGUGCAGCGUCACGCAGCUCUCCAGACUAUUUAAACGGGCCUGGAGUGCGACGUCGAUCAGACGGGCGCGUGGCCAAGUACUUCGUAUCGCACCCGCCUGCGGCAGGGUCCGCCCGUCUGUCCGGCCCUGAGACAUCUGCGCAGACUUCGGCGGGAUCUGCUGGGAUGUGUGGAG